GUAUGCAGUCUUGAGGUGAGCAGUUUUUCAGGUGCUUGCCCAUUUAAGAAGUGCAUAGUGUAUUGUACAAUAAAAAGAUACUGAUGUGUAAAAAUUCAACAGUUCUGAUCAACCAGAGAAGAUAUAAAGAUUUAUCAGGUAAAAGAUGAUAUUCCUGAUUUUCAGAUCCACAGUAUGGCUCGGCGUGUUGCUGUGAUUGGAGGAGGAACCUCUGGAUUGACCAGCAUAAAGUGCUGUUUGGAUGAAGGUCUUGAGCCAGUUUGCUUUGAGAGCAGCGAUGACAUUGGAGGACUCUGGAGGUUUAAGGAGACCCCAGAGGCUGAACGCUCCAGCAUAUACCGGUCACUGGUUGUAAAUACCUCAAAAGAGAUGAUGUGCUUUAGUGAUUUCCCCAUGCCAGCACACUAUCCGAACUACAUGCACCACUCCAUGAUGCUGAAAUAUUUACGGCUGUAUGCCGAGCACUUUGACCUGCUCAAGUACAUUCGUUUCCAGACAACAGUGCUCAGUGUGAGACAGAGGCAUGACUUCUCUGACGCAGGUCAGUGGGAGGUGGUAACUGAGAACAGAGAUGGACACAGAGGAACACAGGUGUUUGAUGCGGUGCUUGUGUGUUCAGGGAGUUUCACGCACCCUGUUACACCCCUCUCAGCAUUUCCUGGAAUAGACACAUUUCCUGGGAAGUGCUUUCACAGCUGGGAAUAUAAGAAUCCACAUUUAUUCCAUAGGAAGAAGGUGGUGGUUAUUGGCACUGGUAACUCUGGUGGAGACAUUGCUGUGGAGAUCAGCAGAGUGGCAGAAAAAACUUUUCUGAGCAUGCGUGAAGGAACAUGGGUUGUGGGCCGUAUGUCUACUGGUGGUCUGCCUUUGGACAUGAACUUAAUUACACGUCUGAACGCCCUUCUGCUGAAAGUGUUUCCUCAAGCUCUGCUCAACUGGGCAGUGGAGAGAUCUUACAAUCAGAAAUAUAACCACAGGCUGUAUGGACUGCAGCCCAGACACAGGAUACUCAGCCAACAUCCCACCAUUAAUGAUGACCUACCAGGACGCAUCCUUCAGGGGGCUCUGCAAGUGAAACCAAAUGUGCGAGAGUUCAGAGGCUCGACCGUUAUAUUUGAUAAUGAGGCAGUUGAAGGGAUAGAUGCAGUUGUUUUCUGUACAGGAUACAAGGCAAGCUUCCCAUUCUUACUCCCCUCACAGAACAGCGACCCUGUGGGGAAAGUGAGCCUCUACAAGAGAGUCUUCCCUCUGUCCCUAGAACGCCCCACACUUGCCUUUAUAGGAUUAAUCUACGCACAGGGACCCAUAAUGCCUAUAAUGGAAAUGCAGGCACGAUGGGCCACUCGAGUCUUUGCAGGUUUAAACCAACUUCCUCCUGUAUCAGUAAUGCACAAGAUCACAGAGAAAGACUGGAAGGCAAAUAUGAAAAGAUACUCUUGUCCACAGAAAGCUGCUCUCGAGGUGGACUAUAUCCCUUACUUGGAUUCCAUCGCACAGGAAAUCGGUGUGCGUCCCAAUCUCUUGUGGUUGUUCUUGACUGAUCCUGGUUUGUGGUUUAGAGUUUUGUUCGGUCCCUGCACACCGUACCAGUUUCGGCUGAUUGGGCCGGGUCGCUGGGAUGGAGCUCGUCAGGCCAUCCUCACCCAGUGGGACCGUGUAACCCAGCCAUUCAAGACACGCCCCAUUCCAGAGAACAAAAUUUCUACAGUACUCUACUGGCUGGGUCUGGCAGGAGGGGUGAUGCUGAUUUUUGCUCUCAUCGACUUGCAGAAGAGAAAUAAAUCUUUUUUUCAUUAUAUAGUUUGACCUUCAUAGCAUAGUGUGCUCUAGACAUUUGCAUUAACUACAAUGAGUUCUACUCAGUAAUUGUCACUUGAAAAUGGUAAUUCUCCACAAAUAAAAAUCCUGUGAAUGAUUUAGUAAGCUGUAGCGAGACCACAUGUUGAAUUGAGGACUGGACUUGGACUCAUCAUUUUAAAACAUCCCAAUUGCUGGUCUUAUACCAAUAUCAACACAGUUAAUUGGUUUAUCACCAAAAUAAGGACUGGACUGAUAAAAUCUGCAUAACAGACUACAGUAAUAUUAUAUGUACAAAGUGGUCUACUGUAUUAACAGAUCUUAUAUAAAAAGACCAGUAAGUGUAAAAACAAGGUAGAUGUAUCUACAAAAGUGGCAGGUAUUAUCUGUCAACUGCAUAACUACAACAAAAUAUCCACUGUUGUGUUUCCAAAAAUUGUGAGCCAUACAUUUUAUUUGAACUGUUUUAGUGAUUUAAAAAAUAUUUUAAUGUUGUUUUUGAUGAAAAGCUAGUAAAAUGGAAAAAUGGUCAGCUUACACUUUGGCCUUGUCACUAUACAGUACACCAGUGCCCUCUUACACAAAGUGCACAUUAUCACAGCAGACUUAUCAGAUGCACAUGUUAUAAAAAUCAGACAUCUGACAAGCAUUGAUU